AUGACAGUGAAGGGUGGUACGAGCCCGGCAUGUGCUGCUUGUAAGUACCAGAGGAGAAAGUGUUCAUCAGAUUGCCCUCUUGCACCUUAUUUCCCGUCAAAUCAAUCCAAAAUCUUUCAGAAUGUGCAUCGGCUUUUUGGUGUGUCUAACAUUACGAAGAUUCUAGGGAACUUGGAUACGAAGGAACAGAAAGAAGACGCGAUGAAAUCCAUUAUCUACGAGUCUGAUAUGCGUGAGAGGUUUCCUGUUUACGGCUGUUCUGUGAUCAUAUGUCAAUUGCGUCUACAGUUGCAGCAUGCGCUUGAAGAACUUCGAUGUGUUUAUUCGCAGCUCGAAACCUACAAGCAACAGUUCAACAAGCCUUUAGGAUCCACCUCACACUACUCGUCUCCACCACAGCUAGAUUUCAGUAUCUAUUCAAAUACUGAUGUAUCUCAGACAUUUCAACCGGAAAACGAGAUGAUUAAUUAUGCGGUGAAUAAUCAGUUUUUUGCGAAUGAAAGUAUUGGUUUUUAUGCUGAAUCUAGUAACGCUAUGACCAGACCAACGUUGGGCUUUGAUCCUUACUGUGAUAUGAACUGUAACCAAUCUAUAACACUUCAAACACAAAUGGAUGCAUAUGAGAUCCGACAAGAACAAGAAAUUUCGCAAGACUACGAGUACCUACACUUUGACACUGCAGCUGAUGAUAGACAAUCUUAUAUCGAAACCAGGGGUGUAUGUGAGUCAAGCUCGGAAUCAUCAAUGAAGGUUGCAACACAGUCGCCGAGCGAGCAAGUAUCCCAAAGGGAGCUCAGGAACGCUGCUGCAUGUUUUAGCCUCACUACUGUCAAUUAG